AUGGAGAUAAAAACAGUGGUCAGAAGGUAUGAAACAAGAAAUAAGACAGCAGCAACAGAACUGUCAUCAUCCAAAUCCCGAGUUGAUUGGAGACGCACUAAGAGGGAGCUCAUACUACUGGACAGCAACGAUGAAUCCUCAGGUACCUCUGAGGAGGAAGAGCCUAGCACGUCAGAAGAUGAAGUAGAUGAAAAAGAUGAAACUGCUGAGAACAACAGCCUUUCAGGUCAUGAAGAGAAAAGCCACGAUGGGGAAGUAACAGAAGGUAGUGAGGAUGAGGAGCGCAUUGUGCCUGGGAAGCGUAAAAGGUUGAACACAUCUGUAUUGCAUGACAGUGAUGAAAGUGAGGACAGUGAUAUACUUGUUAGGAAAGUUUUUGCUAAGCGCCGCUGUGUAAUAGAUGAAGAUGAGAAUUCCACAGAACUACAACCUGAUAAAACCGGCUCUGCAGAAAAUGUUUCUACUGAUAGGAAACAGAAAGUGUUUGCGAAAUUGAAACAACUUGCAAGACAAAGAGCAACUCGGAGAUCCGGCAGAAGUGAAAAUUGUGAGGAUUCUAAUAGUGAAGCAGAAAUAGAAGAGGAACCAUUCUUUCAGUUGCCCCUCACACCCACAGAAGGUAGUGAAACUGACUGCGACAGCUUGAAAGAUUUUAUAGUAGAGGAAGAAGAUGAUGAUGACACAGAGCACAUAAUGGGUGAAAAACAGCCACAACACAAGGAACUGAACACAUCAAAUAGCAAGUUGCUGGAAAACUAUGUCCCACACUUAUCUCGCUGUGAUCAUUAUGUACACUUCAAAAGAAUAGUAAAGGCUUUCCUCAUAAAUGCAAUUGAUGACACUUUUCUGAGCUCAUUAUAUGGUGGAACAAGACAAAAGAAGUAUGCACAGGAUAUGUUGCUCUCACUUCAUUAUUUGGAUGACCGCUUCAUUCAGCCUCGUCUUGAGAGCCUAAUCUCUGGAAGUCGCUGGAAAGAUCGAUACAAGGAGCGUGUGGAUUGUUACCCAAAUGUUCACAUAAUCUUGAAAAAUCCAAAAUAUAUGUCUUGUCAGGCCUGUGAAUUGAACCGAUACUGUAAGUUUAAUGUGCUGCUCUCUGGAAAGCUUUAUAAUAGCAGAACUUUGGAAGUGGAUGACUUCAUGUCAGAUGACAAACAGGUUUUGAAGGUCGGCAUGGUGUGUGCAAAUCGGACAAGAGUUUACCAUAAUUUGAAGCACUUCAAAUACAAGUUGUACCUGCAUUGCAGCUCCAUUACUGAGUCGGAUGUUUUGGAAGAUGAACCAGUCAAAGACACAGUAGAACGGCUUUUCAGCCAGUUGGAAGACAAUGGGUGGAUUCAGAAGAAAUACAGUGAUCUUGAAGACUACAUGAAUGAUGCAGACAGUUUCCAAGAAGAGAGAAUGGAUUAAGUGGUCACAAAGCUCUUUGAACAACAUCUAUAAAAAAAAUGAAUGACCUGUUUUAUCUG